AUGGAGAGAGAGACAGGGCGGCUGAUGGAGCUACCGGUCGAUACACUGGUUGAUAUUCUUUUGAGACUGCCUGCAAAGUCAGUAGGCUGCAUCAAAUGUGUCUCCAAGACCUUGUUAAACACGGUGAGCAGUAUGUCCUUCUCUACACUUCACACACGUUUAUGGGGCGAUGAUGAUGGUCAAAUACCUCGACUGAUGUAUUGCACUCGCAAUAAGAAUGUAUUGGCUUUGCAAUCACUGAAAUACAAGGACAACACCUUAACAAAAGGAAGACAUACAAUCACAGUCUCGUCAUCCACUCCUGGCUUUGUGCAUUUUGUUUUCCGCAACAUUAUUUGCUUGGGAUUCUGCUUGACUGGAGAUUGCGUGUUAGUUAAUGCUCUUGGGGAAAGGGGAGUUCUACGCCUGCCGGAAUGUAGUUUUGCAAGACCGGACGCACAGAAGAGAUUUUCUAAUUCUUGGUUUGGUAUGGGAUUUGAUGAUAUAACCAGUACAUACAAAAUUCUAUGUGUUACUCGUAAAGGAGAUGCUCAUCUUAGACUUACAGCUACGACAGUACAUGUUCUUGUAUUGGGUACAAACUCGUGGAGACAAAUAUCCUCACUCCCUCCUUAUGAGUUCUGCUGGCGGCUAGACUUGAACAUCAAGCCGGUAUGCGCAAAUGGAGCUGUGCAUUGGUUGGCAGGAACACAACUGGAUCGAAUAGUUUCCUUCGACUUCAGGAGUGAAGAGUUCUGUUGGACCCCUACCCCUCCCACAUUACAACAAAGCUGGAACGAUGACCCGAAAAUGAGUUUGUUUGCUUUGAAAGGCUGUUUGGCCAUUGUGAGGACAAAGAGAUUCAGGUCAUCUAGCAGUAUCCCGAACAUCGAGAUAUGGGUGUUGAAAGAUUUUGAUCAAGAAGAAAAACUCUGGGAGAUGUACUACAAGAACAAGAUGCAAGACUGUUUAUUCCCUCUUCAGGCCAAUGGUACUUCGGGGGAAUGGGAGCAUGGCAUAUUUUGCACGACUAACAAUCUUUGGGAAACCUCUAUUUUCUUUUUAGAUGCAAGAUUCGACCAUUGGGUCGUAUGCCCAUUAGGUGAAGUGAAAAUACCCGACCCGUCCUCUAUAUGUAUUGAAGAUUGCUAUCUAGGUACAUACAGUCAUUCUGAGACCUUGAUUUCCUUGAGAGAUUAUGCCGAUUUGGUGAUAUGA